CGAAAAUACAGAUGGAGAAGGCUAGCCCUCGCUCUGCGGCAGGGAAAGUUUGCUUGAGCGUACGUGACGGCUCGCCCAGUCUCACUUUGUGCCCCGCUUGUCACCAUGCUGUCCAGACUGUGUGUUCUCUGUCUGGCCGCGGCGCUGGCGCUGGUCAGCCGGCUGGCGGAGGCGGUAGGUCCGGUGGUCCGCUGUGAGCCCUGUGAUGCCGGGGCGAUCGGGCAGUGCAAGCCCCUGCCCAGGGGGUGCCCCGAGACGGUCCGGGAGCCCGGCUGCGGCUGCUGCCUGACCUGCGCGCUCGGCGAGGGGCAGCCCUGCGGGGUGUACACGGGGAGAUGCGGCUCGGGGCUGACCUGCCAGCCCCAGCCGGGCGAGACGAAGCCCCUGCAGGCUCUGCUGGAGGGAAGGGGGGUCUGCACCAGCGCAGCGUCCAGGAAGCUCGGCGGCACGCUGCUGCCACACCAGAGCCCAGAAAGUGCCAGGGAAUUUGAAGAAGAAAGAAAUGCCAGCAGUGUGGGUUACCAAGGCACCGAGAACACACACAGAGUGCCGGAUUCAAAAUCGCCUCCACAUCACACCAAAGUGGAGGUUAUAAAGAAAGAACAAUCCAAAAAGUCACAAAGUUAUAAAGUGGAGUCCGUAUCAGGUGGAAUAAGCACAGAUAUGCAGAACUUCUCCUUAGAUUCCAAGCGGGAAACAGAGUAUGGACCGUGCCGCAGAGAAAUGGAAAGCAUUCUAAACAGUCUUAAAAUCACAAAUAUUCUGAAUCCCAGAGGAUUUCGCAUUCCAAAUUGUGACAAAAAAGGCUUCUACAAGAAAAAGCAGUGUCGUCCAUCCAAGGGCAGAAAAAGAGGCUACUGCUGGUGUGUGGACAAAUACGGCCAGCCUUUGCCGGGCUACGAUGGGAAAGAAAGAGGAGAAGCUCACUGUUAUAAUUUAGAGAAUAAGUGAAAGAGUAUAUGCAGUGUCUGAAGACUGCACGCACAAGACUGAAUAAACAGAGACCUUUGAAGGUGCUGGCAUGAACUGUAAGGCCUGUCUUGGCAGGAAGGGGCUGGGAAUUCUGCCAUGCGAUUUAAGGGGAAUACAGAAAGCUUGUGAAGACUGGAAAUCACAACUAGGCCUUGCAAUUUAUUUCUUACAGCUUUCUAUAUUGUGUAUAGGGAGCUUUGAAUUUCCCAAAUACUAGAAAAUGAUCUGCACUAUUGUUUAGCGAGAGAAGGCACUUCACUUCUGAAAAGAAUGAGGGAAUUUCCACUCACUUAAAAAAGAACUGCCUGUGACCAACUUGAUCCUGACAGACUAAAUGUAAAAAUCUGACAUGCAUACAGUACAAUUAUAUCUGAGCAUGUGUGUUUGAACGUGUAUCAAUAAAUGUAUAAUGUACCUUGUGAAAAAAAAAACACAAGGUCCUUUACUCAGCUAUGCAUCAUUUUGUUAUGUAUACUGUAUGCAUAAUUGGGACUUCAUUGCUGGACCUUUCUGUGCAGGGUCAAGAAAGCUGCCCUACUCCUUAAAUAGAAUCCUUUGAAUUGAUUCUCCAUGUUUUUUCCAGGUUGUGUUGUAAGAAGUCAUGGGGUAGAGGAUAGCACUUCAGCUCCUCUCACAACUGUUGUUGUGAGCUGGACUCUGUGCUGACUACUGUAAGAGAUACCCAGACAUAACUGACCCCACUGCUUUACUGCUGCAUGGCCAAGGCCAUCAUGCUGAAGAUUCUUCCUGUAAGCCCGCCUUGAUAGUUCCAUUGCCAUUGGAUUGCACUUUGACACACAUAGAGAUCAUUCUAGACCAGAGUUACUCAGACCUCGGCAGUUCUUGGGUCAGGUGACCCUUUUCUCAUAAACGAAACAGAGAAAUAAGUAUUUGUUUGCUCCGGAGCUAAAUAUAUCCGUGCAGAAUGACAAGGGAAAGUAUUUGUUUUGUUUCUGGCUUGGUGUCUUCCCCGAAGCCAGUAGUUGUCAGUGAACUAUGUGGCACUCCUUCUCUCACGCCCCCAGCCUGUGAAAUCGGGCUGUGCGCUCGAGACAGUAGUUUGAGGCCACUGAUCGCAGGCUGUUCUUGCUGCACACUGCAGUGCUGUCCUGCGGGAGGUCGUGCCAGCAGGGGAGCACUCCAUCUGGGCAGAGGUGUCCUGACAGGAGCAUGCACUGACCCUGAGGAUUCUGAGGCUGGAAAUCUUCCGAUACUUCAUGAUCGGCAUUAUCAAAGGACACAUGGUACUUCGAUAUUGUGCGCUUCAUGGGGAAGGAACCCCUUUAGAAGUAUUGCAUAAAUAAUUAUUUCUUAUCUCAUUUUUCGUGCCGUUCUAAUUUGUGCUGUACGCUGUGUGAGUGAGGCUCAGCGACGAUGAGAAUGAAUACCCUCAAACCCAGCUGUGCUCAGGGUUACUGGGCUUUGCACAGGAUUACCACCUGUAAUCCAAAAUUGGAGUGGAGAGUACUGCUGAAGAGGUUAAAGAGCCACUUGUGGCUUUCGAUCUGCAGUCGGAGUAUCACUGUGCUAGACACUGAGCUUUGCAGGCAUUCACAGGGUUAGAAUUAGUCCGUGCCAGCAGCACUUUUUCCAAGCCAUGUCAGGCCACCUCCAGCACAUAGAGCACUUUUUAGUUUGUUGAAAUUUCUCACCACAGAAUGCAAACUGCGUGAUAAAGGUGAUGAAGCAGGAAAUCACACAGCAGGACAUUUUUGGCGACUUUGUUUUUGUAUCUUUAUAUGGUUUUAUGUCACACCUCCCUUGCAGUAUUCUAGCAAUAUCUCAACCCCUUUUUUGAGGCUGUCUGUUUAGCUUGUUUGUCACUGCUUCAUAGUGCCAGUGAAAUCACUGCUUAGGACUUUGUGCUCUCCAAAUCAGAAACCUGUGGGCUGGUAUCAUGGCUUGGGCACUGCAGCUACCUUUAAGCAAGGUUCUUCACUCUGUUAAAUGCCUGGCAAUAUAACUAGGUAGAAAUGUCAACUGUCUUGAAGAACAGCUUCAGCUGGAUGAAUUAAUAAUAAUCGUCAUCACCUAGUUAUUCACACCACAGCGAUAUCACUUGUGCGUCUGGGCUGGCACUCUCUCACGUCAUAGUGUGAAACCAGACUGUAACAAUGGUCUUGACUUUUCAAGCCAGACACUUUAAUGUCAUAGUACAGUGCAUUGGAUGCUUUGUAGGUAGUAGGUCCAAAAAAGUAAGAUUCUAGGGUGUUUAAUACAGUAUUUGUGUAAAAAGCAGGUUGCAAGCACCAAAUAAGCAGAAGCACAUCUCUGCUUUAGGCUUCAAUUCCAGAACAUUUGGAAAUGAUUUGAGACAUGAAGGACUCCUAUAUUUACUCCAGUGUAGAGUCUGGUUUCCUCACAGCUUGGCUGCAUUUAAAUAUCUGAAUGCCCCUCCAGGUAAAAUUGCAGGAUGCAAUCAACAUUUGCGUCAGGUUUCGUUGGCUUUGGCCCAGGGGAAGAUUGCCACUCUUCAACUUUCUGAUGAGUAUCUGAAGCUUCAGCUGCCCAGCUGUGUGGGGGCUUUUAGUGAUAUGUGCAUUACUUAAAUUAAAUCAUCAAUACAACUCAUGUAAGCUGACCCAGAUCAUAAUUGAGUGACCUGACCUUAAUUGCACAAGAACACUGUAUUUUGGGAAUGUAAUCACUACUGAUUGUGUGGCACGAGUUUCGGCCAUCAUUAAGAAGGAUGCAAGAACCAUCUCCACCAGUAAAGUAUCGUGUGCGUACCAUUUGCUAAUUUUCUUGACCUGCUUAGUCCCAUUUUUUCUUGAUUUCUCAUCCAUCCGUGUGAUAGAGCAACCGUUCCUUCACAGAUACUGUAUUCCUGUUAGUCCUAACGUUGUGUCAGCGGCACCCCUAAGACAGGAGCUGGCACUAAAUUAAUUUAGAUGGGAAGAAUUUAAUUCCUCAAUGUUGCUAUUGUGCAAUGUGUAGGUCAUAUAUACAUAUAAGGAUACAUUUGAACAGCAUUAUUAAUGUCACUUUUCUGCAGGUCUGUUACGGAUCUCUCCUUUCACGGGUAUUUUUUUUAAAAAGAUCUAAUUUUAAAGAAUAUCGGUUCUUUUAAACCUUCCAUAUAACUAAACUAGAAAUCACAGCUAAUCUUUUCUUUAAGAAAGGAAACGAUUCUGUUAAAAUAUUAUCUGUAUUUAAUGUCUUUUUUUAAUAAACACUAUUUUAAUUUA